AUGUAUGCGCUGACGACCACAGGCAAGUUUGCUUCUUUCCUUCUCAUCAUUCUCUCUGUUUGCAUAUCUGAAUUCACACAUUCCCUCCGCUCUCUUUCACGAUUCUGUUGUCGCGUGCGCUGGUUCGCACGCUUCUCUUGAUUGCUUCCUUGCUUGCCUUCAUUGAAUACAAAUUAUCGCGCAUUACUUUAGAAUCUAUAUCAUACCGGAUCAACCCAUUUCCGACCGGAUCGGGAUGGCUUCAUCUUUCCGAUCCCAGUCCCUCGCCGAUCUUGAGGAUGGACGAGGCGAGAAGAUGGCCGCUGCUACUGUGAUCUCUGUGAACACCGAGAAGGACUCGCGUCCGAUUCUCGGUCGUCGUCAUGCAAGCACCAGCGCAGGCUCGGCCCAUCAGCAGUCCGAAUUGAAGAUCGACAAGGACGACGACACAAUCAACAAGGUCGGAAACAUGUUCUACAAGAUCCAGAAUUCUUCGAUCAUCGUGCGUUACGGUCUCUAUAUCCUACCAGUCGCUGCUGUUCUGGCAAUUCCACUGGUGAUCUCGGCCUUGAAACCUGAAUUAUCCGCCGGCAACAUCAAACUUCUGGGUCUUUUCGUGUGGAUCGAGAUCAUCUGGUGCUCUCUCUGGAUCUGCAAGUUGGUCGCUCACUCGCUUCCGUUCGUGUUCCAUGCGGUCGCUGGACUUGUCAGUGGGGGUGUCCGGAAAUACUCACAGGUUCUGACUGCUUUGGAGGUGCCUGUGUCUCUGUUCCUGUGGACAAUUGUGGCAUUUGCGACGAUCGGAGUCAUUUCAACGUUCGAUGCCGACCCGCGCCCAGACGGUAACUGGCCAGAAACCUUGAGAACAGUCUUCAAAGCAGGUAUCAUCGUCGCGGCCAUCUUCCUUGCAGAAAAGACCCUCAUCCAGAUCAUCGCGAUCGAUUAUCACCGUAAGCAAUAUGACGAGAAGAUUACCGAAUCGAAACGACUUGUGCGAAUAUUGGACCAUCUCUAUGAUGCCUCUCGUGCGCUGUUCCCCGAAUUCUCGCGCGAAUUCGAGGACGAAGACGCAGAUAUUCAGGGCAAUACCCUUGCAGAUGUGCGUACGACGCUGGCUAAGCGUGGAGUGGAUACAAAACUUCUCAACAAUCUCGGCCGAGCCAGAGAUAAGGCUACCGCGGCAUUCGGCGCCAUGGCUAGCGACAUCGCCGGGAAGCAGAUGUUCAGCACGACUUCCGCUCAUGCUAUCGUUCUUGAAGCACUGGAAUCUGACCGUUCCUCAAGAGCGCUCGCGCGUCGCUUGUGGCUUUCGUUCGUGAGAGUUGAUUCAGAUGUGUUGUACAAACAAGACUUGGUUGAUGUUCUGGGUCCUCAACACAAGGAUGAAGCAGACGAGAUUUUCGCACACCUCGACAAGGACGGAAAUGGGGACGUGAGCUUGGAUGAGAUGAUCAUGUUGGUCGUAGGCGCAGCGCAAGACAGGAAAAAUCGGACGAACAGCAUGCAGGAUAUCAGCCACGCUAUCUCAGUUCUCGAUCGGCUACUCAGUCUUGUUGUAUUGAUCGCCAUCGGUUUCAUCUACGCAGCUUUCUUCAGUGCUGACUUCUCCAAGUCAUCCACCCAACUCUGGACGACUUUCACCGGUCUUGCUUUUGCCAUCGGAGGCACUGUCACAGAAUUCCUCGGCUGUUGUAUUUUCCUCUUCGUGAAGCAUCCGUAUGAUGUCGGUGAUCGAGUCGACAUCACUCAAGUCGAGUUGAUCGUUGUGCGAAUCAGCCUCAUGUACACAGUGUUUCGUCGUGUCGAUAGCGACAAGGUCGUGCAGAUUCCGCACAACGUUGCCAACACUCUUUGGAUCGAGAACGUUUCUCGCAGCAAAGCCAUGAAGGAACGACUCACCUUGAACGUAGCGGCAACUACCAGCAUCGACGACAUCGAAGCGCUUCGCUCUGAAUUACACAAGUUUGUAACCUCGCCAGAGCACAAACGUGACUUCCAGCCCGAAUUCGACAUCGAAUUGAUCGGUGUUGGCGACAUGAAGCAGCUCGAACUACGGGUUGAGAUUCAGCACAAGUCUAACUUUGCCAACGAAUCUUUGCGCUCUCACCGUCGCAACAAAUUCAUGUGCGAGCUGCUCGCCAGCAUGCGCCGCGUACCUAUCGAGCCUCCAGGCGGUUCUGCUCUACCUUUGGGCAACCCGCUCAACCCAUACUACUCCGUCUCCGUAUCAGACGACGUCGCCGUUGCCGCGCGCGCAAAGCAUGAUGACGAAGUGGAUGAGAAGAGGCUGUUCCCCAAGAAGACUGGUGUCAUCGACGCUAUCACUUCUGCGCUACAAUCUCCCGUCAGAGAUGUCGCAGCUUCGGUGACAGGUCGUCGUGUCAGUGCACAAAGCGGCGUCGAGCACCUUCUAAGGAGAAGUACGGACUCGAGGAGGACCUCGCACGAUAGAGUACCUGAUGCGAGAUAUUACCCUCGACAGUCGUAACUGGCCAUUCAACAUUGACUCGUCGUAAGCACCUUGUUCAUGUACACAUUUUUUAAUCUGAAUCUUUUUGAAUAUGUUCGGCAAUUGUGUCUGGUGUCGGUCAAUUUUUGCAGCGGACGGCUAAUCGAACGUGAUACUUGAGAACAGCUAAACACGGCACUUCAAAUAAAAACGCGAUUUCGUGAUGAUGAAGGACAUCAAUCAUAAGAUGUUGGUGAUACGGUCAGGACCACUUUUGUUUGACAUCAUGCUCCUUAUGUCGGUGCAGUAGCCAAUCUUGGAAGUGAAGCAAGAAUGGCCCGGGAUGGCGCCAUCAGGUCCCCUUUGGUGGUACAACAUGAAUUAGUGAUCGGAACUUGCAGCGACAGCUUUUACUAUCGCUUCUUUUCAAUAAUGCUUUGGAACAAAUAUCAUUAUGCUGCAGCAAGGACGAAAAGGCACGCCAGACGCGACUAUCCAGCUCAGUCACGAAUCUGGCCUACAGGCACACGACGUCUA